CUCACAACUGCCGUGAGCCCCCUCCCUCUGUUCCCGUCAGGCCCCUGCAUGCGCAUGCACGGUUGUCUACUCUGGGCCACCAUUUUGUGAAAGGCCAACUCUCCCAAAGCGGGAGAGGAUUAUUAACGACGCUGCGCAAGGGCACGCUUCCAUACCGUCGGCAGAAGAAGACCAUUCAAGCACCGAGCUCUCCCCCUAAUUUAACGGGAAAACAAAAACUGCAAAGCAGGUGGCAUCCAUGGAGGGUGAGGUUGUUUCCAUGGAAACCACCCAGGCCCUACUUGGGGAGGCAGAUAAGGAUCUUUCUGAGGCAGGCGGGGCAGAGCUGAUAGAGGGGGUUGUCCAGGAGGAGGUGGGGGGCAACAUGGAGAUGAUGGUGAUGGAUGCUCUCGACCCCACCCUGCUGCAGAUGAAGACGGAGGUCCUGGAGGGGAGUGGUACAGUGACAGUCACCGGGGGUGAGGAUGGCCAGAUCAUCACACUACAGGUGGUAAACAUGGAGGAGCAGGCGGGUGCGGCGCUGGGCCUCGGACAGCUGCAGCUGGUGCAGGUGCCCGUCACCUCCGCAACCGUGGAGGAGCUUCAAGCUAGCUUUGUGGACGCCCAGGCUAGCAGCAAGGAGGCGGAGCCUAUGAUCUGCCACACUCUCCCCCUCCCCGAGGGCUUCCAGGUGGUGAAGGUUGGAGCCAAUGGGGAGGUGGAGACAGUGGAGCAGGAGGAGCUCCAGGCUGCUGAGGAGCUCCAGGGGGAGGAGGAGCCAGCCGAGCCCCAGCAGGAGGACUCUGCCUGGGCCAAAGACCCAGACUACCAGCCCCCUACCGGCGGCCUCCGGAAGGGGAAGAAGGGCAAGAAGAGUCGUCUGCGCUACGGAGAGGGUGAACGUGACAUGGACGUGUCUGUGUACGACUUUGAAGAGGAGCAGCAGGAGGGCCUGCUGUCAGAGGUCAAUGCUGAGAAGGUGGUGGGCAACAUGAAGCCCCCCAAACCCACCAAGAUCAAGAAGAAGGGGGUGAAGAAAACGUUCCAGUGCGAGCUGUGCAGCUACACCUGCCCUCGCCGCUCCAACCUGGACCGCCACAUGAAGAGCCACACGGACGAGAGGCCACACAAGUGUCACCUGUGUGGGCGUGCCUUCAGGACAGUGACGCUGCUGAGGAACCACCUCAACACACACACAGGCACCCGUCCUCAUAAAUGCCAAGACUGUGACAUGGCGUUUGUGACCAGCGGAGAGCUGGUGCGUCAUCGGCGCUACAAACACACCCACGAGAAGCCUUUCAAGUGCUCCAUGUGUGACUACGCCAGUGUGGAGGUCAGUAAGCUGAAGAGGCACAUCCGUUCUCACACAGGAGAGAGACCCUUCCAGUGCAGCCUGUGCAGCUAUGCUAGCAGAGACACGUACAAGCUGAAACGGCACAUGAGGACACACUCAGGUGAGAAGCCCUAUGAGUGCUACAUCUGCCACGCCCGCUUCACCCAGAGUGGCACCAUGAAGAUGCACAUCCUGCAGAAACACACAGAGAACGUGGCCAAGUUUCACUGCCCACACUGUGACACUGUCAUCGCCCGCAAGAGUGACCUGGGUGUGCAUCUGAGGAAGCAGCAUUCCUUCAUUGAACAAGGCAGGAAGUGUCGCUACUGUGACUCUACGUUCCACGAACGCUACGCCCUCAUCCAGCACCAGAAGUCUCACAAAAAUGAGAAACGUUUCAAGUGUGAACAGUGUGACUACUGCUGCAGACAGGAGCGUCACAUGAUCAUGCACAGACGCACCCACACGGGUGAGAAGCCGUACGCCUGCAGCCAGUGUGAGAAGACCUUCAGACAGAAGCAGCUGCUGGACAUGCACUUCAAACGCUACCACGACCCCAACUUCAUCCCCACCGCCUUCGUCUGCAGCAAGUGUGCCAAGACGUUCACACGCAGGAACACGAUGCUGCGCCACGCUGAGACCUGUAAUGGCCAGGACGUGUCUGACGAGAACGGGACUCCUCCCAAGAGGGGCCGGCGGGGGAGGAAGAGGAAGAUGCGCAGCAGGAGGGACGACGAUGAUGACACUGAGCCUGAGCUGGAUGACAUGGAUGAGGAGGAGCUUCUGGCUGAGAUGGAGGUGGAGCAGGCCCCGCCUGUGGUCCCUGUCCCGGCCCCCGUGGGGCCUCCAGCCAAGAGGAAACGGGGACGCCCUCCCAAAGCCAAACCUGCCCCACCAGCCGUCAUCUGUGUGGAGGAGAACGUGGAGGAGAACGUGGCAGACGCGGCGGAGGACGUCGUAGUGAAGAAGGAGCUGGGAGCUGAGCAGUCGGACCAGCUGCAGGAGGAGACUGGGACGGAGGAGGUGGAACCUACUGAAGGGGGUGUGGCUAUCCAGGUAGAGGAGGUCCAGGGGGCGGAGCCAGCUCAGGAAGUCCAGCUGUCUGUUACAGAUGCUCCGCCCAACGGGGAUCUCACUCCUGAGAUGAUCCUGAGUAUGAUGGACCGGUGAUGGAUGCCAGGUCAGGAGGCCUGUCCAGGCUAGCGCUCACACUGACCACUGUCCCCCCUCUGUCUUCUCACAUGUAGAACCAUGCUCAGAACUUACAGACAGGCAGCCCCCCCACACACACACACACCCUGAAACCCAACACCACACACUCAGCCUUGUUGUAAGCUGAAAGCCCCCUGAUGUUGAUGAUCAUGCCUGGGAAAUGAAAUACAUUUUCAGUCCAUUCUAUUUUUUUAAAGUUUCUUAACUGAUGUGUGCUAAGGGGUGGGGGGUGAGGGGUGGGGACUGCCGAGAUGCUGAUGAUGUCAUAGAAGACCAGGGCUCAUUCCGCUGUUGAACAUGUUUUAUCUUUCUGUUUCCCCCCCCACUCCCAUCUCCACAAGUAUGUAAUCAUGUGCUCUCGCUAUGUUAGUUAGAGGGGUAGGUGGGAUCACUCUGAAAUAUCCUGCUUUAACAAAAUAUUAUGCUGUUUUAAAAUGAAACAAAAUAUUA